AUGUUUCGCUUGGCGCAGAAGUUCAAGCUUGGUACCUGGGUCACCGUGGCGGAAGAUCGGCGGAGGGCCAUCGGGAAGAACAUCUCGGGGACCCCGGCGCUGAUCAGUGCCAUUUCCAAUGAAGAUGGCGCGACGCUGCUGUAUCCGAACCUUCUGGGCCAUGGCCCUCGGUACUUUCGGAAGGAGGGCGUCCCCUUCAGCAAGCUCCGGCCACACGCAGGCGCAGUGCACGCGGUCGAGAAGAAGCUCAUCCAGGCACCUCCGGGGCCACCCCCGAAUUGCAUCCCUCAACGAAACCCAAGACCGGUUUAG